UAAAGUUGCAGCAUCGUAUGGUGUUUCUCUUUGUUUGACUUUUCCCCGUGGCAGCUCCGUAAAUAACUAGAGUCCAAGUUUCCUACCAUGGAACAAUAACCAAACUUCAUGGAUUUAAUAUUAGGUUUAUGCUUUUGUACCAAAUCUUUUUUUAUUUUUUUCCCCUUCUGUUAGAUUGACAGAGAAGAGAAGAUAAUGCCCUAUUAUUAAGUUUGAACUCGGCAAUCAAACAGAGAGUGACAAAAAGAAAAUACUUUUUUUUCUUAUUUCUUUGCCAAAUAUUUUUCCUGGGUUCGCCUUCUUUUUAGCAAUAGCAAAAGAAAUAGUAAACACGGGGAAGAACCUGAGCUGGACGCAUCGUUAUAAGAAAAAUACAUUGAAUCUGGACAGGAUUUGGGGCUGUGUUGUUGUUGUAGGAUACACAGAUAAGAGUUUUCCUUGUUUGAUUGAUAAACACUAUCAAGUUUGGCGCACGUAAUGUUGGAAAUGGGCGAGGACUUAGGUUAAUCUUAUAUGGUUUUCGUUACAAAGUGCAUGAACGAGGAGGUUUUUCACUUUGUGAUACCAAAUCCUUAGGCAACAAGACAUUAAACCUCCUUUUGCUUUACAUUAGCCAUGAACUUUUGAUGUUUUGAGAAGAAAACACGCCAGGAAAGCGAAAGGUACCAGUUUAGUACCUGCUGCCACGUAUGCUCCCAGGUAAAUUAGAUGUCUCCAUCUUCAGUGGUUCAUUCAACUGAAGAGGACCUUGAAAAAACAGUUAUGGAUAUUCGAAGCCUGUCAUCCUCUCACCGUCAUCCUCAAGAUGCACCUUAUGUUCACAAGGUUGGACUUCCUCCUAAGCAAAACCUCUUCAGUGAGUUCAAAGCCACUGUGAAAGAGACAUUCUUUGCAGAUGAUCCUCUACGUCCCUUUAAGGACCAACCGAGGUCUAAAAUGUUCAUCCUGGGUCUCCAAGCUAUAUUCCCUAUUUUUGAAUGGGGAAGAAGUUACAAUUUUUCAAAAUUUAGAGGUGACCUCAUUGCUGGGCUGACCAUUGCUAGUCUUUGCAUCCCCCAGGAUAUCGGGUAUGCAAAGCUUGCAAAUCUGGAUCCUCAGUAUGGAUUGUACUCCAGCUUCGUUCCACCUUUGAUAUAUGCCUUCAUGGGUAGUUCAAGAGACAUAGCAAUAGGACCAGUGGCUGUGGUGUCUCUCUUGUUGGGGACUCUGCUUCAGAAUGAAAUUGAUGAUCCUGUAGGCAAUGCAGCAGAAUAUCGGAGGCUGGCAUUCACAGCCACAUUUUUUGCUGGAAUCACUCAAGUAACCCUUGGGUUUUUCAGGUUGGGGUUUUUAAUUGACUUUCUAUCACAUGCUGCUAUUGUCGGUUUCAUGGGUGGAGCUGCCAUCACAAUUGCCCUCCAACAGCUUAAGGGUUUUCUUGGGAUAAAAAAAUUUACAAAGAAAACUGAUGUUGUUUCUGUAAUGCACUCAGUAUUUGCCUCAGCUCAUCAUGGAUGGAACUGGCAAACUAUUGUUAUUGGAGUGAGCUUUUUAUCUUUCCUUCUUGUUGCCAAGUACAUUGGAAAGAAGAACAAGAAAUUCUUCUGGUUGCCAGCAAUUGGUCCGUUGAUAUCUGUUAUCCUGUCAACAUUUUUUGUGUAUAUAACCCGUGCGGAUAAGCAAGGAGUUCAAAUUGUGAAACACAUACAGCAAGGAAUAAAUCCCUCCUCUGUGGAUCAAAUAUAUUUCAAUGGUGACUAUUUGCUAAAAGGUGUUAGGAUUGGUAUUGUGGCUGGGAUGGUUGCUUUGACGGAAGCCAUAGCAAUUGGAAGAACAUUCGCUGCGAUGAAAGACUAUCAACUGGAUGGAAACAAAGAAAUGGUGGCACUAGGAACUAUGAACGUUGUUGGUUCAAUGACUUCUUGCUAUGUGGCAACAGGUUCAUUUUCUCGAUCAGCUGUGAACUACAUGGCUGGCUGCCAAACUGCAGUCUCAAACAUUGUUAUGGCGAUUGUAGUAUUUUUGACGUUAAAAUUUUUGACACCUCUUUUCAAGUAUACGCCAAAUGCUAUACUCGCAGCCAUAAUUAUAUCAGCUGUGAUCGGCCUGAUUGAUUUUGAUGCAGCAUAUUUGAUAUGGAAGAUUGACAAAUUUGAUUUUGUUGCUUGCAUGGGAGCAUUCUUUGGUGUAGUUUUUGCUUCUGUUGAGAUUGGCCUCUUGAUUGCGGUUUCGAUAUCCUUUGCCAAGAUUCUUUUACAAGUUACCAGGCCCCGGACCGCAAUUCUUGGAAAUCUACCAAGGACAACUGUAUACAGAAACAUUCUACAAUAUCCUGAAGCAGCUAAGGUCCCUGGUGUUUUGAUAGUGAGAGUUGAUUCUGCGAUCUACUUUUCUAACUCUAAUUACAUCAAAGAAAGGAUAUUGAGAUGGUUGAUGGAUGAGGAUGAGCUAGUAAACAAAUCCGGCCUGACCAAAAUCCAGUUUUUAAUUGUGGAGAUGUCACCCGUUAUUGACAUUGACACCAGUGGCAUCCAUGCGAUGGAAGAGUUAUUCAGAUGUCUCCAGAAAAGAGAGAUUCAGCUUAUCCUAGCAAAUCCUGGACCGGCGGUGAUUGAUAAGCUCCAUGCCUCUGGUUCUGCACAAUUGAUUGGAGAGGAAAAAAUCUUCCUCACGGUUGCUGAUGCUGUGGCAUCAUGUUGUCCAAAAUCGGUGGGAGAAGUUUGAGAGAGGAUUUAAAUUGUGGUUUUUGUGUUCGAGAGAUGAGAUCUCACUGCUGCUGUGAUGUGUGGGCAUUCUAACGGGGGGAGUAGUGGUGGGUCAUUGCAAAGGUGGUUUGUUCAGUGGAUUGUCAGUGCUCCCCUCCCUCCCCGUUACCAAAGCACAGGAAAGGUGCAUUGUAUGCUCUGCAUCGAGGGUUAAGUACAAGUAGGAAAGGUAAAAGGCAGUGGAAAAAACAAAAAAAUAAAAGGGGGUGGGAGGCGAUAAGGAUCUGGUCUUUUCUUAUUUUUAUUUUCCAUUUGUUUUUUUUCUUUUUUGUGUGUAUGUUUGUGAAAUGUGAAUACAAGUAUGACCAUAAAAUCCGAGAAUAAAUUG